AUGGCGCAGUAUUUCUUUGAUCUCCUAUACAAUUUUACGGAUUGCAUGUGCUGCUUUCCUAGCUCUCCCCAGCUGAAGAUCAACAACCGCAGUUUCAAGCUCCUGCGACUAUUAGGCGAGGGCGGUUUCUCCUACGUUUACCUCGUCCAAGACAAAGCCACCUCCGAGCUCUUCGCUCUGAAAAAGAUCCGCUGUCCAUUCGGUCAAGAGUCCGUAUCGCAAGCCCUGAAGGAAGUGGAAGCCUACAACCUAUUCAACUCCCAAUCGAACAUUAUUCACUCGAUCGACCACUGCGUCUCCACAGAAUCCGGCUCCAAGUUCCGAUCCGAUGGCGGCGAUCCAGGCUCCAAAACCGUCUAUAUCCUGCUCCCAUACUACCAGCGCGGCAACCUGCAAGAUGCCAUUAACGCCAAUCUAGUCAACCACACCCAGUUCCCGGAGAAGCGGUUGAUGGUGCUGAUCCUGGGUGUCGCCGAUGCCCUGCGCGCGAUGCAUCAGUAUCGCGUGAAGAGCGGGGCGGCGUCGACACGUAAGGCCAAGGGUGUAAGGAGGGAAGGAGAAGAGGCGGAUGAGGAGCGGAAGAUGCAGAUGAAGCCCAAGAGGAGGGCGAGUCAUCGCGCAGAUGACGAAGAUGAGGAGAACGAGCCGCUGAUGGAUGACGAGGUCACUCGGAGUCAGGAGGGUGUCGAGGAUGGAGAUCUGCGCCCUUAUGCGCAUCGCGAUGUCAAGCCUGGUAACAUCAUGAUCGCCGACAAUGGCCAAACUCCCAUCCUGAUGGAUCUCGGUUCAUUGGCCCCCAGCCCAAUCGCGAUCACCUCGCGAUCCCUCGCCUUGGCGGUUCAAGAUACCGCUGCGGAACACUCUACCAUGCCAUACCGCGCACCCGAGCUGUUCGAUGUGAAGACCGGGUCGAUUAUCGAUACCAAGGUCGACGUCUGGUCACUCGGGUGUACCCUGUACGCUUGUUUGGUCGGCAAGAGUCCCUUCGAAGCGCGCAGCGAAGAGACCGGUGGCAGCUUGAGCAUGUGUGUGCUUGGAGGCGACUGGCGCUUCCCAGAUGAGAAGUCUGGUGCCUCCAAGGGCAAGGCCAAGUCUGGUGAGAGUGAGGGGUCCAAGAGCGAUGGUCCUGCGAUCAGCGAGGGUGUCAAGGAUGUGGUCCGCAAGUGUCUCGCUGUUGAGCCUUCGGAGCGACUUGACAUUGAUGAGCUGAUUGAGCUCAUGAAGGAGGUCAUUGAGCAAAUGCCCGAAGACGAUGGCGCAGGCCCCUCGCACUAG